GUUUUAUUUUCACGUAGUAGAGAGUAUAAGUUAUAAAGUUUAUAAACAAUCCUACUAAUCGUCAACAAUGGUAGAUAAAAUUGAUUUUUCGGAGGUAUGCAUUUUUAUUUGAUUAAAUCAAUGUGUAUCGACGCUGUAUUAAUCAAAAGUCCCAUUGUACACGUUUCAUUAAAUUCUUUUUGAAAUUAUUUACGUCUCUAUAAAAGUAAAAAAUAAGCUUAAACAUGUAGGCGUAGGCAUGUAGGUUACUAUUUAAUAUUUAACUUUAAUUUAACGACUUUAAAUUAAACUUUAAAAUUUAAAGUCUUUAAAUUUAAAAUUACAAUUAACAAUGAUUUGAAUCAAAUCAAUUAAAAUUAAAUCAAAGUGUGCCCUCUUAACACACACUCAAUUUUAUGUCUUUUAUAAAUACAAAAAGUGUAGCCCAGGGUGAUUUCCCCUUUGCACCCCGCACAUUGUUUGCCGCAAGGACUAUUAACUAGUGAUAGUGAAAGUGAAAGCUAUUAUUUUUUUUAUUACUAUUGCUGCCCUGUCUUGUGCCUAAAUUUGGCUAAAUAAAUAUACUAGCUAAAUGAUGGCUUGUUCAUGCAAUUUAAAUAUAUUUUUAUUCUUAGCCUACAGACAUGGGAAUGUGACCAUUUUACACACAUUAGACUUAGACUUAGACAAAUAUCUCCAAAUUUUGAUCUUAAUACCCCCCCCCCCCUCCCUCCCCCUCCCCCCUCUUUAAGUCACUAUUGGGACUAUUCAAAAGAUAAAAAAAUAGCAAAAUUUUCAAACCUCAUAUGUAUUAUGAACAUGGUGCUCCCUCUUUUGUAACAGAAUUCAGCUUAUUUGGUUUUUUUUUUUUAAUAGACAUAGAAUUGAAAAAAGUUGGAUUACAUUAUUUGAGAUUUCAUUAGUAAGCUAUCAUUAAGCAUAUCAACUUUUUUGUGCAUCAGGGAUAAAUCAUAAAUCACCUUUCAAUUAUUCAAGGAAUUUCUGGACCAGGGUACACAUUUUUCAAUAGCUUAAACAUUCUGUGUAUAACCUGCCUUGGUCUUAUAUUAAUUAUUUAGUUUUGGAAGAACAUCAUUUGUUUGUUAUUGGAGCCCAUUCAUGAUUUAUAUGGCAAUUGUUACUAGGGCCCAUUCAUGAUUCAUGUGGGAAUGGGUGACCUUGUUGCCAACUUAAGACUUUAUUUUUUUAGUCUAUAGAGAACCAUGAAAAAGUUGUUAUUAUUUAAAUAAUUAAAAUUUUGUAUACUUUUCUUUGCUGAAAAUUAUUAUUAGGCUACUUGGCAUAGAUAUAAUUUAACACUCAACAGUGACAUUAAGAUACCCUGAAAAAUUUUAUUGAACUAUUCUAGAUUCCCAAGGACAGAGGAUAUGAUUCAGCUUUUGAGUCAGAUGCUGAAGCCAAGGAAAGAAGGUGUUGUUUUUUCUGCUCAUGACAUUAUUUAAAGGUUUUAUUUAUUAAAAUAAAUAAAGUAUAGAUUAACUAAACAUAAGAUUAUUUACAAGUCUUUGAUAACUUUUUAAUUAUUUUAAACACUUAUCAGGUAUAUGACUUUUAUUGCAGAAAUAAUAUUAUUGAUUUCUUGUUUUGGACAAUUUUUGUGAUUUUUAAAACCUAAUAAUUAGUUUAAAAUAUUUUUUAUUCUAGACGCACCGUUGCUGACUUGGUGCCAGGAAAAAAGACACGUGUGAAAAUUGCCAAUAAAAGACAGUUGGAGGAAGAGUUUGUUAAGUAUGUUAGUAUAAUAUGCAUAUUAUGUCUAUUUUAAGGAUUAGGCCCCUUAGGAAUACGAUUUUGGUGUGCUCGCCUUGGGCUCUACAGCCUCAAUGAACCCGAUGUCUGUUAUUUGAAAAAAUUGUACCUUACAAGUUUAUUAAUUUGAAGUAACAUUUUUAAAAUUCUUAUAUUCUAACAGAGAAGAAGGAAAAGCUCACAGAUUUCAUGCAGUUGCCAAGGAUGCUGUAUCCUUUUUAAUUGACAUUAAAGAUGUGUUUUGUGCUGUAUUAUAUAUUUCACAUAUUUGUUUACAGGCAUAUUUAAAAAAAACCCAAAAAAAACCAAUAAAACUCACUACAUUUACAAACCAUUUGUACAAGUCAGCGGCAUAUGCUUUUAUAAUGAUUACCUUAACAAAAAAAGUAUGCUCGUCAUAAAGAAUAUGUAAACAAUUAUCUCUUAUAUUAUGGAGGUUCAAAAAAUGAAUUCAAGAGAGACACGUAAGUUAUAAACAGGUUAUUAUAUACUUUUGCUUCAGCUUUAAAAUGCUUUUAAAAAAUAAAAAAACAUGAAAUGGGUGAAAUCUUUACAUAUCAUCAUUACUUAUUUACUUGCAACAGUGUCUUAAAUUUAAAACUUUGUUAGCCGUUCAGGAAUAUCAUAUUUCUUAAGUGUUGAAAAGUUUAUAAUUUUGAAUGGUCUUCAUGCUCUUCUAAAUGUUAAAGCUCUGGAUUUCUUUUCUUUAGUUAAUCGUGCUAACAUUUUUAUUGAAUUUUGAAUUGAACACGUAGAUCUAAACGUUGUGUAUGAAUACAAUUGGUGUGUUUUGUCAUCCUGGCCCAAGAGUUAUUUCUUAUUUAACUACUACUCCCACGUGAGAAUAAUUGCCCAUUAAAUCAGAUUAAAGUAACUCACCAGUUUAGCUAAAAAAAAGUAAAUUUCAAAAUGUGCCUAUUGUUGUAGAAGCUGACGAAAUGUUUGCUGUGUUUGCAGUUCUGGAGACAAACGAGAUUUUGAUGUGAUAAAAGAACACCACCAGUUUCUGUGGGAUGAAAGUGAGGCAGCUGAAGUGUCCUGGUAUGUCUUAACGGAAAUAAAAUAAUUUAUGAAUGAGCAUAUAUGGGAAGCUGGGAGUCAGAGUCGAAGGUUGGAGGUUAGAGGUAGACCGUAAAAGUGUUAUACUUAAAAAGUGUAUUUGAUAUAUGAUAUUAUACUCACAUUUGAAGUUAAGUCCAUUUUUUUCUAAACAAUGCAGUGCAUGUUAUAAGGUUAUAAAUAUAUUAUAAAAUUAUUUUCUGGUUUAAUUUAUUUAAUAUCUCCGGCUUGAUGCUGCUUAUGUAUUUUGUUUACAUAGCUUAAUGUAUAACAUUGUGUUUUGUAUAUCUCAAGGGAAAAAAGACUUGCAAAAAAGUAUUAUGAUAAAUUAUUCAAAGAAUACUGCAUUGCUGACUUAAGCCGCUACAAGGAAAACAAAGUAAGUUUAGACAAGGGCUUUUGUCUCAGAAUAGAUCAAAGUUUAAAUUUGUUCUUUAUUUAAUUUAUAAUGACAAGUUUGUACUGACCACAGUGACUGCUAGCUAGGUCAAGCAUAUGCUAAUUAUUACCACCCUUUGCCAUUCAUUGUUUAGCGAAGGUUUUUAUUGGUUUUUUGUUUGGUGCUUGCACUUGUAAUUUUUAUAGUAGCUUUUAUCUGGAAUUAAAUAUAUCUCCUUUGCAUGCCAUUAGAUUAAGCAGUUAAAGAUACUCUUAUUGGUGAUCUUAACUGGUUGUUGGUUGAUGUCUCUCAUAACAUAAGGAGACUUAGACCUAAACUUUUGUGGUUCUGUAUAAUAAUUAAUGUUAAUGGCAUACAACUUGAUUGCUUCUUUUUGCUUGUUUUAUAGAUUGGUAUGAGAUGGCGAAUAGAGCAGGAAGUAAUUGAUGGCAAAGGUAAACAAACAUGUAAUUUUCUAUCUUCCACUUGAAUUUUCAAAGGAAAAGCUAUGAUUACAUUAAAAAAAAAAAUUGUUUUAAUAUUUCAAUUUGAUAUCAUUAUGUUAUUAUAAUUAAAUUUUCCUUUGAUACAAUAAACUGUAAGUUUCCUUCAACUUUUGAGCAUGUUUAUCACUGAGCAUCAAUAUGACAUUUUUUGUAUGUAACUCAGGUCAAUUCAUCUGUGGCAACAAGGCAUGCAAAGAAACAGAAGAUGAAAGUGGGCUCAGGAGUUGGGAAGUCAAUUUUGCUUAUGUAGAGUCGGGACAAAAGAAAAAUGCUUUGGUGAAAUUACGACUUUGUCCUGAUUGUUCGUAUAAACUCAAUUAUCGUUCCAAGUAAGAAUACAAUAACUGGCCUUGAUAAUCCCAAAUAAGAAUAUUGAAUAGUUGUGUCAGUUUAAUUUUACCUAGACUGAAAAAUUUCAAUGACACAAUGAUAGCAUUUUUUCUUUUUUUUACAGACAUAAAGAUGUCACCAAAAAAAAGAAGAAAGAAAAUGCUAACCUUACCGCACCUAGUCAACCAAACACAAAGAAGAAGCGUCACUCAGGUUUGUCAAUUAUUAGAAAUUAAAUACUUGUACAUUUAAUUUAAAAAAAACCCAACAAUAUUUCAAACAAUAAAUUCUUGACAAUAGUAGCUUUUAAAGGAGAGAUAGAAUUCAGUUUUAUGAUAUAAUGCAUUGCUCUAACUUGUACAAAGUUUUGACAGACUUAAGAAGGAUUAUCAUUAAUUGAAUAUUAGUACAUUUUGAUAACAUAUAAACUGUUGGAACUGUUUACAGUGUGGACCCACUACAGAAAAAUAUUGAACAAAAUGAAUUGGAAUGUGUUGUUGAGUUUUAUAUUUGUUUGAAGUAGAAAGAAAGUUUAGCCUUACAUGCUAAAGAAUUUUGUAGUAUAACUGUAGUUUAGUUUAACCAACAAGCCAGAGUUUGAAAUUCUCAUUCAGACCUGGCUUUUCUGGUAAUAUUGGUGAGGCACGAUAUUAUAUAUGUACAUUGUUAUCAGAUGAGUCCACAGCAGGUCCAUCACAGAAUGACAGAGCAGAUAAAAGCCCUAAAGACAAAGGUGACAUAGAGGACCAGGAAAUCUGGAGUCAGCCUCUCAAAGUUACAGAAGAAAAAUCCAGGUGUGUAUAAAAUAAUGUCAAAUCAGUCCCAUCAUUUAUUCACCGUAAUGGUGUUUUGUGUAAUAAAGUUUUUGCUUCGUUUAUUCAUCACACAGUAAGUUGUUUAGGUGAAGACAUCAUUUUGAAAAAUUUUUUUUUUUAUAAAACGACAGAUGGUGCCAAGGAGAUCCAUCGAAGUAAUAACUAUUUCUUGAUUAUGUUAAAAUGUCUUAUUUCUUUAUUAUUUUCUCAUUGGGAAGCUUUCCUUUUUAUUAUAUAAAUUGUUAUAUUAGAAGUUAUACCAUGGCCCAACCCCUAGUUCUUUACAACAAAAAUGAAAAAAAUUAAUAAUUAUCGUUAAACAUGCAUAAUGCUUAUAAUUAAAAUCUCAUUCUGUCACUACAGCAUUGCACCAGGUAGUUAAACACAAGUAUUUCUCCAUUCAUUCAAACAUGAUAAUCAAACUUUUUUAAUAAAUAGCUUUUAUUGUUUUUUUUUUUUCAGGGAGGAUGAAUUUGAAUGUUACUUCACAAACAUGUUUUUGUGAGGAAUUUGCAUCUGUCAACAACGGUGUGAUAGUGUCAGAGGGUAGCUACUUUUUACAAUGUGUGAUGCUGAACAAUAACAAUAAAAUUUCAAUAUGCAGAAUACAUUUUGAAUAUUCUCACAGCUGCUGUGAACAAACUUUACAUGCUCACAACUGCUGUGAACAAACUUUACAUAUUGCUGUAAAUUAAAUGAGACUUAAAUGAAAUAGCGGCUAAUAUUUUACCAAAUGCAGUUACUUUGGAGUGCAAUGUUAGCCUUGAUUCUCUGCAGCCCUAGCUGUCAUUCACAUUGUGGAAUGAGUGUUUGUACAUAAAUGUACAUACAAGGCAAAAGGGAGACAUUUAAAAGAAAUAUGUCACAUCAGUUUUGGACUCUUUUAUAGUCUCGCUCACUAAUAUUUUUCAAAAUAAAAAGCAAGCUCUUUGAUGUCUUUUGUUGUUAUAUAAUUACAUCUUGCUGUUCAUGUGUUAAUUGUUCAAAUAUUGAUCAGAUGUUUUUUAACUGCCCUAAAAAGUGACCAAGCGAUAGGCGCUGGAACCAUGUUGAACUUUCAACUUAUGAGACAAAUGAAACAAUUUUAUAUUUACAUAAAACAUUCAUUAUGACAGGAAAUCUGUCAGUGGUCCUUGAGGUA